CUUGUCCUCUGUUUCUGUAGCCUCAGUCAUGUCUCAUACCGCAGUGCAGGGGAGUAUUGGGAGCCGUUCUUCCAUGGGGAUGCACACAUACAAAAUAUAUCUGUACGAGUGUGAGAAUUUCCAAGGUCGCUGUAUGGAGUUGAACGGCGAGUGUCGUAAUAUCUGCGAUAAGGGCUUUGAUCGUGUGCGUUCCAUCAGAGUGGAGUGUGGCCCGUGGGUGGGUUACGAACAGCAAGACAUGCAUGGUGAGAUGUUCAUGUUGGAGAAGGGAGAGUAUCCUCGCUGGGACACCUGGUCCAAUAGCCACCGUUGUGAUUGUCUCAUGUCACUCAGGCCAGUCCGCAUGGAUUCCCAGGAUCAUAAGAUCUGCCUGUAUGAGUGUGCAAACUUUGAGGGUCGUAAGAUGGAGGUUUGUGAUGAGGACAUCCCCAGUAUGUGGUCCUAUGGCUUCUAUGACAGAGUAGCAAGCAUUCAGGUCUCCGGAGGAACGUGGGUUGGGUACCAGUACCCUGGCUAUCGUGGAUACCAGUACCUGUUUGAAUAUGGCCCCUACAAGCACUGGAAUGACUGGGGAGCCAACCAUCCACAGAUCCAGUCCAUCCGCCGAGUGCGAGACAUGCAGACACACCGACGAGGCUGCUUCGAAAUGACUGCGUAAAUGACACAACAGGAGCUGAUGGACAGGUUGUAGGAAAGGCUCUGGGGUGAAUAAAAUUAUCCCUCAAUUUACAUAGACCACUUCAGCACAGAAUGAAGAGAUUGACUGGUUUAUAAGAACCUACAUGAAGCUAAAGCUCACAUAGUCAGACCAUUUCUCUUGCAUUCACCUAUAUUUAUUUAUAAUGUGUUAGAUAGAUAUAAAAUUGCCCUUUUUUAAUUAAUUGAGCACUUUCCCAACAAUGAAAGAUUUUUUAAAUCCACACUAGCUAUAUCUCCAAAAAAUGAGCAUCGACCUCUUACUGAAGCAUAAAUCAUAAACCCUGGACUCUUAAUCUUUUUAGAAAAGGCUCAUUAUGUACAAUAGGCUUAACUGUAUAAGGAUUUCAUUUUCUGCUGUUAUUUGUGGACAAGAUUCACAUCCCCAUCGUUUUAUAUGAUGACGGGACUGUGUGGUCCUGUCACACAUAUCUCACUCAGGGAUGCUGGCAUUUGGAAAUUAUAUUUCCCACAAAGACAAAUAAAGAUCUCAGACCUCAGUAUUAUAAAAAAUUGCUUUUUUCUUUAUUUAGAUUGCAGUGUACACAUAAUGACCACUUUAUUAAGUUCCCUAACCUUGUAGUUGCACCUAUAGGUCAUGUAAUCAUUUAUAGGUAAACACAGAAGAAGAACCACCCCUGAUUAUAUAUUA